ACUAUCGAACAGACCUAGCGCGUAAACAAUUGAUGUAGCUUAUUAUUUAUUUUAUGUGUGGAAUAAAGAAACAUUUUAAUAUUAGUUAGAAAAUGGAGCCAUGUGAAAAUAUAUCAAAUGAAGAGAGAGUUUGCCGCCUCUGCGGUGAAAUGCAGCGCAAUAUGAUGCAACUUUCUGAGGAUGAUAAUCGGGAUAUUAUUUGUUUAGUCGAACGCACUCUGGGAUUUAUAAACAUAAAGUUUAGUGCUAAUUCUCCGUUACCAAUGUGGCUAUGUGUGGCUUGUCAUUUGGAUGCUGAAUCUACAGAGAACUUUCUUCAUAUGGUGGAGGACGGGCAGCGUAAGUUCCAACAACGGAUGCAGGAGUACAGUGAAACAAUAGAAAAACCAAGCAAAAACAGCAAAUCUGAGGGCUUUAAGUGCUCUGAAAAUUCAUCGGAAAUAAAUAGCGAAUUGGAUAACGAAACGACUUUGGGCCAUAAAGCCCAAACUGACAUAGAAACCUCAGAAACCACACAGCCUUUAAGUAAAUAUCCUAAACGAGUGAGAAGAAAAACAAGACGAUUUCCAUGUGAUCCCACUCCUGACCUAGAAUGGGAACAAGACACUUUAGAAUUUGAAACAGCGUCAAAAGGCAGCAAUUCGGAAGAUGUAAGCACUGGUACUUUAAUCACAAUAAAACCGAUUGCCGAGCUGCGUUCCGCAAAUGGAGCUUCUUUAGCGGAAAUAAUUGCUGUUAAUUCAGAAGAAGCUCCCCAUGCAACACCCGCCGAUUCAGAGAUCCGUUUAAUUUGUGAAUAUUGCAAAGAAGUUUUUACCAAACAAUCUCAAUUUUUAAAACAUUUACGAAGCCAUAAUGAAUCUAUUUACGAAUGCACGGAAUGCACAGUUAACUUUGAAACGCUAACUGAAUUAAAACAACAUCAAACACGAAUGGGGCACAAGGGAAUGACUAUACUGGCAAAAAAUAGAACUACAAAUAAUAAAACGAAUCAAGAAAAAGAACUGACGGGUGAGAAAUCCGACGCAACUAUAAACAUUGUUGUGGAUGAUGAGGGACAUAUAACAUCCAUUGCCUCGGAUGUAAAUGGAAGAGCUGAGGUGAAAGAUGACGGCAGCAAUUCAGUAGCUAUUGCGGUUGAGCACGUGGAGCAAGAUGAAACCGACUUAUCUCACAAAAGAAAUGCAUUUCGAUGUUUGAAAUGUAACAAACUAUACCCAACACGCUAUUCAGUAUUAAGACAUUACAAUCAGGUCCAUAUCGGUGCGCGGACAUACAAAUGCCAGCACUGCACCGCGAACUUUAAGAACGCAACAAAUUUGGCUUACCAUAUGGCUAAACAUACCGGCAUACGAAACUUCAAAUGUGACAUUUGCGCCAAAGCAUUUGUGCAUAAAACCGAAUUGACUUUGCAUAUGCGCACUCACACAGGAGAUAAACCUUACGUGUGCGAGCACUGCCCCAAGUCGUUUGCGCAUCGCUCCAAUAUGGUGACCCACAUGCGACUGCAUUCCGGUCAAUUACCAUUUAAAUGUGAAACAUGCGGCGCUAAAUUUAACAGCAGCUCGCAUUGUAAACAACACAAACAAACGCAUAUUAAAAAGGCCCAAAAGGCAAUACGAUUGCAGUUGAAAGACCAAAACAACAAAAAUGUGAGGGCGUCUGAAGAUAACCAACGGAAAUCUGUUGAUAUUUGCACAAACCAGUCUUCUAGCUCUGCGCAAAGUUCAGAGGCUACUUCAUCGUUGCUUAGGCCAAAAACCACAAUCGUAAAAUCUGUAAAAAUAUUACCGACUCUUAAUGCACCACCUGGUCCGAACGCCGUUUUAAGUGGUGACGAUUUGCAGAGUCUGAUACAAACAAGCGUGCCACCUGAUGAAUCAGAAUCUUCGAAAGUCACACAACUAAAAUUUAAGUGUGACCAGUGCUUACAGCGGUUUAAAUUAAAAUCUGCACUGACAAAGCAUUUACGCACUCAUACGGGUGAGAGACCUUACAAAUGUUCACUCUGUCCGCGUACAUUUGCCGAUGCAUCGAAUUUCAAACGUCACAAGUCUCUGCAUAAAACCGCCACGGAACAGUUGGAAAAUGUCAGUAAACAAUAUAAGAGUACGAACUUUUUACAUGAACUGCAACGUGACAAAAUAAAGUCCUUUGCUGAUGGAAAUGUGUCGCCAACUCAUAGCGUAGCUUCUGAUCCGGACCCAGAUGGCUUGGAGGCGAUUGGAAGAGCAAACUUUAUUUCACCAAGAAGUGUUAGUGAUAUUUACGACGACGAUAGCGCUAUAUUGGAUAAGCAGAAUUACACAGAAAGGGAAGCCAAUCAACAGAUGCCAAAUAGUAGCAGUCCGCCCACAUCUGCGAGUUUGUUGAAAGUUGCACGCCGACCGUUGGCUUCAAAAUCCCCACCAAGACUCAUUUGUAUUUCUUAUGCGAAUCCAGCGAAUCCAAGUGAUAAUAAAAUGACAACGUUUUAUGUUUAAGUCAGUGGUAAAAUACAACAAACACAAUGAAAAAAGUUCAUUUAUCAUA